AUGGCAGGUCCACUGAACGGAGAGUUGAAAACCGACACAUUAUUGAAUCCUCAAAAUGGGCCGGCAAGCCACGCCAGCCUUCCCCCUUCAGCGUCGAGUCGAAGGGUUCUCGCUCUCCUCCGCGAAGAAUGCGCGAGGCUCGGUAGCGAGGCACCAUCUCCUCGACGGAUUGAUCGCGAGAACUGCAGCUACGAGACAGUCGCGCGCCUGUGGGCUAUAUUCGUUGAAGACAGCAAGACCCUUGAAGGCCAAGGGACUACGUUGAAGCAGCUCGCGAAUUUUCUUUUUCAACGAACAAAGCGAAUACACGAGACCGGAAAAGGGGCAUCUGGGACUACUCUCGGCUGCACUUCUGAACCUACAAUCGAUGUCCUGCACGAGCUUACACGGCCUCUUGUGGAGGCUUUGAUGGAUAUCCUUCUUCAGCUGCGCAGCAGGGGAACCCUCAGCGCAGUUAGCAGUCUGCAGCAGCUCGAACGCUGUUUUGCCGCCCUGCUGAAAGCAGACGGCGGGUCUGGCGACCGCCCUCACUCAGUUGUGCGCGGAAAUGACGACGGACGGGUGCCGAAGCCCGAAGGAUUGCCAGGCGGCAUAGAAAAUUACCAAGCCAGCGAGAGGCAAGGCGAAGCGACCUGUCAAGUUCUGUCAUCAGGGAAACGUGCUGGAGACGUCAUUCUCGAGCGUCUCAUGCUUUGGGCUCAAGAACGAAGUGCUCUCCUCCGGAGGUUGCGAGCGGAGUUAAACAAGGAAACUCGACAGGCCGAAGACUUAGCUGCUGUUCCGCCUGCCGAGCAAAGCGAAUCCACCACAGAAGUGGUAGUGGAACCUCUUCAUGCGGCAGCUCUAAGAGUUAGCGCCACGCUGGAGUCUCCGACAUUAUCUGCCCUGUACCGCGACUUAUGGGGCCAAACAAGAACGGCCGGAGCUGACGCACCACUUAGCGACGCGAGCAUCACGUUCCUCCUUCUCUUAACGGGCCUCCAGCAACUGGAAAACGGCUGCAUGCUUCCAUUCGCAGAGAGUACAGGUGACGAUCGAAACGCCGUUUUUCUUUCGGUGUUGCAAGCCUUAUCGUCUCUUUGCACCGCAUGCUGGCGACAACUGCUGGAAGACUUCGCACUUCAGAGGUUGAUCAAUGCGACCUCGAUGGAAAACCGACGUCCUGACUCGGGCUGUCGAUUCUCCAGUUCCUCUCGCGCAAGCGAGAUAAGCGAUGACGCGUUGAUGGCGCAGUUGCUCGGCCCUGCGUUGGAUCCUGGGUUUCUGGUUCGCUUUCUUCAGCAGCAGAAACAGCUGGAGGUUUUGACAGCUGCUGCGGCGAUCAAGGUUCGAUUGGCCGCACUCGCGGGUCUCCACCGGGACUCGGGAGGCUUACUCGAUGCAUGCCGGAUGGUGCAACAGUUCCUGACGCCGGUGCGUGCGGCGGCGCUUGAUGAGGCAGGCGUUCGCCAGAGAAAAGAAGCGCCGCACACGCACGGGGCCGCAGGCACUCAAGCUAGUUCCACCGAACGUAGGGCGCGGGCAGCGGGACAACUGUCCCCUCGAGGAGGCCUCGCCCUUUUGCGAUCCCUUCUGCUUCUCCUGUCGUCCAACGACGAGGGCGCCCGGACCCCGGAUGCUCCUUCUCACCAACACGAGAUUCAGGAGAAGGGUACGGCCAAAGUAUCCGGUCAAACCACUACAGCAGGCCGCCAAGGACGAGGUGCUCCCCUGAACACCAAAACGCGCGUCCUAGCUGAAAUUACGCGACAUCUCAUCAUUUUUACACGCACCCAUGAUGUUCACGUCAAGCGCGACGCGCUGCUUCUUUUGAAGCAGCUUGUCGAGGUGGCGCCUCCUUCAUUGCUCUUGCAGUCGUCCCUGGGCAACAGCGCAGCACUGCAUGGCACAUGCGAUGGGGUAUGUAUAUCCAACGGUAUCACUGCGCGGUCCUCUGCUGUCGCACUAGCGUCUAUGGAGGCGACAUCUUCAGUGGAUGCCUUGGCGAGUGGUGUGUCGGCGUCCGGGGAGUCCCCCAGUCUCGUGGACACGCUAAUUGAGGUCUCUUUGAGCCACUGGCAGCAUCCCCAGCGAAGCGUCUCACAAGUGGCUCGGAGCCUGUGGGAGGCGCUCGGGCGGGUGACCCUUCCGCCUCCAACAGGUGGUCGAGAAGGGAGACCGUCUACAGCACGCACAGCCACAUGUGGAGAAGGCAUCGAGCACGUCGGCAUGUGUUGUCUGCCGCAUCAGCUCUCUCUGGCCGUCCUUGAGUUGCCUGCAAUGCACCGCAAGGCACAAAACCUCGCACUUUUAUCGCUUCUCCCGACGGUCGGGGUGGAGUGGCUGUUGCACCAGCGGCCGCGGCUGGUAGAGCAGCUCCUCGUGGAGAUAGGUGACUCGUUCUACACAGGCGCUUCCGCCGUAAAGCUCCUGGAGGGCAUUUUGAGGCAGCUGCUAUCUCGUCCUAUACCCCUGGGGCAGACGCCCGAAGGCGUGCAGCCUGGGGAGCAUGCAUCAGGAUCGUCUCACCGCAACACAUCUCGCGUCACGGCGAGGAAAGCCCAAAUUAAGACGCCCGUCGCACUUCGUCAGAUCUUUUACCCCGUACUCACCGACGCCCUGCUGGGCCUGCCCUUUGGGUGUACUGCUACCCUCGGGUCGUGGCAAGCAGAUGCGAAUAGCGGCGGCGUGACUUGCCCGGCAUUUGCUGCGUCCCUGCUGCCCCUCUUCGAAUCUCCGUUAAGUAGCGUAUCAUCUGUGCGGUCACCUACGGGCUCCCCCCCAGCCACCCUGGCCUCUCAGCGUCGUCUGUCGCCUGAUGCUUCACAGAGAGUGGCAGCUACGGUCAUGCCUCUGCUACGGUCGUUGGAUCCGCAAGGCCUUGCCUCAGUACUGCAAUUAAUUCAUUGGGCUGGCUGCCGAUUUGGACCUGCUAGCGCUGAUAAAAGCACUCUGCUGGCGGGUAUUCCCGGCGCUCAUCGUAUUUCCCAGGGGUCGUGUCGACAGGAGGGUCUUCGUGAAGUGGACACAGAGCAGGGCCUCAGAUACUCGGAAACGGGAGACUGUGGCGACCAGCUACCAUCAGAUACGGACCGCAUGCCGUGGAGCGUGGGAGAGGCGGUUCUCUUGAAUGUCGCUCGACAGGCUGGCGUAGCCGAGUGGAGUGUGUGCUGUGGUAACGCAUCAGUCGCAAGCAAUGGUGCGCGGGUGCCUUCCCAAUCGGGCGCUUUCUGCCUGCGUGUCUCCGGAGUGGACACAGAUGAAAACCCGGUAGUUGUAGACAUUCCCCAAGGACGCCUGCAGCACGGUCUCCAGAGUGGGGAUGACGAGGUCCGCAUGGCCCUUCUGAAGGUCGUCGCUCUGUCGCGUCUGUCGUCUGUACCUCCUGCGCUUGUUGAACUCGAGCUGCUGUCUCAGGCAGUCGAGAAUGGCAGCAGCCGCCAAGCAGCUGGCUCCACGAAGGCAGCGUUCGCGGAUGCCUUCAAGCGGCUGCUUCAGCGCGCGCGCGACGCGUACAGGAAGCAACUGAUGCAACAGACUCCAGAGUCCAUUCGCAGUUUGCUGACGCCUUCUUCUCCAUCCACACGACUCCCGGCAGGACAGCGGGAGAACACGUGCAACGCAUGCGCUGCUCCCGUGCCUAAAGGGGGUCUAGAUGUGGUGGCAGAGGUCAACAGCUUUCGCGACUUCCUCUUGUUCCUGCAGCGACUGCACCGCAGUGCGCUGCUUCAGUGUCUCCCGUGUAUGCACCCAGAUCGACAGAAUGCGGGCACGACUCUUCUAUUGUUCCUCUACGAGCUGUGGGGUUCUCAACCGCCUACAGCGCUCCGCAAAGGUAGCAGCUGUGCGAACGCUGCUCUGGCCGCGGCUCGCGUGGUGCUGACUGAUGAAGCACUUGCCAAGCUCACUGAGGGAGGCUGCGCGGUGGCGGAGGCUCUCGGGUUCUAUGCAGCCUCCGUACAGGCUCAGCUAGUCGGAAUGCUUGCUAGCCGCUGGCCGAAGCAGAGCGACGCCGCACUCAGGAUUUUGAAGCUUUUCCCUCGCCAUCAGUUGGAAUGGGGACUGUCUGCCCUGUGCUUGUCGCCGCAGAAGGACGCCACCGGAAAAGGGAGUGGCUGCAACCCCCCUGCUUUGCAACCGAAGACAGAAGCCGGAUCUCUCAGCCAGCAGCCAGUCUGGUCGCUUAAGCGAGCUUACGCCGAUGUACUCGUGCUGAUUCAUAGCAUUCGGGAGAGCGAUUACGCAGCGGGAGCGUCGCAGCUCGAGCUUGCGCUUUCCACGGCGUUUGUGGCUCCGCUCAAGCGCAUGAUAGCUGCCAGAGGUCAUGCAGUCACUGACCCCAUCAGAGGAAUGGGAGACUCGAAUGCCGCAGCAAAACGCUCGCGAAUGAGACAGGACGAGUGCGUCAGCACUGCUCCUGUGGACUGUCUGCCCGGGACGACACUUACUGCGUCCUUUUCUGAUGUGCGAGAGACUCCAGAAGAGCUGGCAAACAGCGCGGACAUUCUCAUCGACAUUCUUGACCGCUCGCUCGUCCAGCACGGAGAGGGCCAGACCAGCUCCUGUUCCGUCCUUCCAGGAAGCGUGGAGAUCGGCCCGUUGCGCAUCGCGUGUGACGGUGAACCACACCUCCAAAAACUCUUCCGGUUGCUUAACGUAUUCCUCCAGGCUUCUCAGCAGAGGCUUGAUGCCCUGGAAGGCCACGCUCGCCUUUCCGCCAAGACGCCUAAUGCGUGCAUCCACGGCCUACUUGUCGUGCUCUCGAAGCUUCUCCGGGAGCUCCCACCGCUUGGGGUCUUAAUCCGAGCAUAUUCAGAAUACUCCACGGGGACCGCGCGGGCGGGCAGGUUCCGGGGAGAUUCGGGAGCUGGAAGCGAUUCCGGGAGUCAGGUCUGGGUGCCAUGGAGACGUUUGGUUCUUUGCCUUGUGCGGAUGCUGAUGGACGUGUGCAGCAGUAUGUUCUGCGUAAUUGCUGAGGGUGCAGACAGUGUCAUGCUGAAUGCCGUGUGGCAGCAGCAAAAUGAUCAACAGGAGGCACAGCACGAUGAAAAGCAGAGCCAGAAAAAGAACUUCAACGUCGACUGCAGAGGCCAUCCGCUGCUUCCGCGGCGAGACGUCGCGGACAUAGAGAUGGCGGACGGAGAGAGAGAGGACGAAGAAGAGACAGAAGAGACUUUGCUUGCUGUCCGGGGCUGGGUUACAGUUAAAGCAGCUUCAUCGUGUCUGUCAGCUUUGCUGGACUGGAUACCACUUGAACAGGCGGUGGAGAAACCAAUUGAGAUGCGGGUUGGUGACAGAACACGGGCCACAAAGGAACUGGAGAAGCAACUGAUCAAGAGUUCCACCAUCAUAACAGUGGGCGAGAUGAACGCCAUCGGCCGGCGGCUUCUCCACUUCUUGCUUUCGUGCAGACAUCUCGGGGCUAUGAACAGUCUUUUCGACAGUCUCGCAGGUUUGAGCCGGAAGUUGCUUUGUUCCCCUGAACAAGCCAUGCAGGGUCUCCCCCGCACCUGGAUAGAUAACCUGCUUCUGCUGCUCCUUCCGCCCGCCCUGGCUGCAGCAUCUAGCCGGACGUCCAGCAUGUUUGAGAGCGAGGCGGUUUCCACUACUGUGGCAGACCCGUCUCAAUUCAGUGCGUCUGAGAGAGAUGAUGUCUGCGCGGCUUCGCUUCCCCCUCCACUGAGAAAAAGCGCCAGCCUCGGGCUGGCAUUCGUUGCAGUGCUUGCAGGUGAAGCUGCGAGCGCAGACACUACGAUGCGAGGCGGAGACAGAUGCCCACUUCUUCAGCGCGCGAUGUCGAUCCUCGUCCCUCUCGCGGAGGGGCGUUACGACUCGAUGUUCCCUGUUCUCGAGGAAGCCUACGCACACCGCGCACACUGUCUCAAUGUGAUUCGAGCGGUGAUUCGAAGUGGGUCCCUUUCCACUUCGAUCGCGUGCGUUUCGUUGAUCCCCUCCAAAGAAGCGGUGACCGCCUUAGGCAUCCGACAGGCCGCUGGCGCAGCGCCUUCACGAGACAAUCGGCUGUCAACGGACGCGGGUCAAAGUGCCGGCGCGCAUGGUCCCCCGUCGAAGGCAGACGACAACGGAGUUGCUGCGGAGGUUCUGGACGCAAAUGCCACCAGCAAUAUCAUAGGAAAUGGCGUUCCCUUGGCAGCACUGGCAUUGGCCGCGGCGGUGCGCAGCAGCAACUCGACGUCGUAUUUCCCACUUCGCAACGCGGCGACGCUUCUCCUGGUCGCCGCUGUCAAGCGGAUGGCAGGGAAAGACAACGAUUCUCUCCAUGUUGCAACCUUCCCUCUCUACUCCUUCUGUAGUGGGGCACAGCAAAGAUCCUCUGCCAAUCCAUCUUUGGCAGAAGCGCCGAUCGACUUGCCAUUUCUUCAGUCCGCAGAUGUAUUGCCGAUUCUGCUGCGCACGCUUGAGACUAGCUCCCGCAGUGCAAAUCCAUGGGCCUUUUAUUCCGAGGAUGAGGGACAGGCGGCCAAUAUGCCACAGUUCCGUGAUGACCGCGGGCAGGCAUCGGGGCAAGACACGGGCAAUUACCGAUUUAAGGAGCCUGAGCAGCUGAAGGUCACCAGGAACGAAUAUGACCAAGGCGCGCUAGUGGCUGUGCUGCUGCUCGUAUCCCGGCUUGACUUCGCAUCGGUUGCGUCAGAGGGUCCGAGACUGGCCAUGCUGCUUGCGUCUGAGAGCUGCGGGGCACAGCAGGAAGACGACGACGCUGAUGAGGUGUCGUGUCACAAGAUGGACACCCGCCCAUCAGCAGCCUGUCCUCCUGCGCCGUCGUCACCCAGGUGGCUGCUGCGACUCAUGGUAGCGUUGCGGACGCAUCUGACAGGCCCGAAUUUCCACACCCGUCUGCUAGCUGCCAGGGCUCUAGCGAACUACGCGACGCAAGAGGCGCGUUUACAGGGUCCCGAAUGCCUGCUCCACGGUCUAGAAGCGGCUGUCGUGAGUGCGGCGAACGCCCGAGCGAACAGCAAUACGAGCAACGGCCUCUUGCUUCUUGUCCUUGAGCUCCUUCAGCGUCCUGAGGUCUGUGACUGGCUGGAACAGGUUGCGUACAAGCCUGCGGUGGCCUGCCAGCACCUGGCCUCAACGCAAGACGCGGCCGCUCUGCUGUCGGAUGGGGUCGGCACCGGCUUUGAGCGCAGCGCUGAAACCGUAUUGCGAUCAGCAGCUCGCUCCGGAAUCUCCGGAUUUGUGAGCCAGUUUUCGCGAUGCAUAUUAUAUGUUUGUUCCGUGGCACCAGCCCCGGUGAACAGGCUUCUCGGACUUCAGGCCAUGCAGACACUUGCAAAACACUUAGUAAGUAUUCGGAGGUCGGGUGGCGAAGCCCGUCGUGCGGCCUGCGCUUCCGGACGACAAGCUCAGGGAGCCACGUGUGUGAACGACGCGGACAAUCAGGUCGAGGGCUCCCUCUGUCGUGGAGGUGUGGAAGGUGACUGCUGCUCAACAUCCAGCGAAGAGAACGAUGACAUCCUCGAGGCUACUAAAACCGUUGUCGCUUGCGCUUGCCGCCACCUGCCGUCAUGCUUCUCUGAAGUUGCUAGGCACUUCAAUCUCCCGUCUCUAUCCAACUUAUCGCUGGAGCUGUUGCUCUCGACAGACGAAAACCCGCCAUGCUCUACCUCGGAAAACGCGUGCUCUCUCGGCAGCCGGCAUCCGUGUGCACUCUGCCUAGUGGGAGGCAUCCACUUGCCAUGCUCGCCAGCGGGCGUGACUGACAGUAGCUCCCGCUCUCCCACAAGCCUUGGACCUCGACUCGGUCUGGCCGCCCCCCUGCAUACAGUGGCGGUAUGUGCGUUGAUGGAUGCGGUGAUGCUGACUCCGGGGCCAGCGUCACCGGGUGCGAGACUCGCAGCCGUUGCUGCGCUUCUUCACCUCGUUCAUGGCGUGCAGCUGCAUCCGCAGGUGCUGGAGGAAGCGUUCAAGUGCUGCCGAAAACGGCUCAAGAAAGGUCGGGUCUUCGAGCCACCGCAUUGUGCUACCGGGGGCAAGGCCUCAGUAGGUGCAGCGGCCGAGCUUCGGCUCGGCGUGCGGCUACUCUGGAAGACCGUUGCGUCGGCCCUCUGUAGUAUUUCUGAAGCUCCAGAGCACAUCGAAGACACAGGUUGCAGGGCACCAGCCAGCCAGGCCUACGUAGAAGAGGCGAAAAGGAAGGGCAGCAAGGGGGCAAGCACUGUAUUAACAAACAGCGAGCAUGCAGAAGAACACACAUGCCCGUUCGCUCACAGCAAAGUCAAGACCGGCUUUUCAUCAGUGCUACGGGCUGAGGCGCUAAGGUUGGUCGCCCACCUUGCCCAAAUGCUGAUCCACGACAGUCAAAACGGUGGAGGAAACGCUACACGUGCGGGCGCCGUUGGCAGUGAAGGGGGUGGCUUGGCUGCAGUGUCACCGCCAGCGGCGUGCGUCGCAAAGGCAGCUCGCGGGCUUGUCCGAACGUACCCUUGCAGCACGCCGGUCCGCAAGAGUUUCAUGCUUUUCGGGGCUGCGUUCCUGACCUCGAACUGCCGCCGCAAGGGAAGUGACGAAGGACAGGAAGGUGAACUGGAGGCGGACAAGGAAACAACAGAGCUUGCACAGGCGUGGACCGCAUGCUUGGCGGAGUGCAGUUGCCCGGAGGCAGAAGUGUCUCUUCGGCGAGCAGCAGUACAGGUGAUCGGCUUUGCUACCCCUUCUCUGAUGCGUUUCUGUCAAAGAGGGACUGACGUUUGUGCUGUAAGAGAUGCCCCGGAGCACACCAUAGGUUAUCCGGCAUCUUCCCGUUCACUCAGCUUGGUCGGCCUGCCCGUUCCCAGUCCGAGAGGGUCGCCGUUUUACUGCUGCGAGGACGCCGUGCAGGUUUGGAAAGCCAUGAUCACUCUUCUGCAGGAUGGCGAACCUGUUGUUCGGGGAGAGGCUAUUCGAGUAUGCACGGACAUGUGCAGCAGCCUGGCAAAUUCCCUCCUCGCCGUCCCAGGAGAAAACGGGAGGCGGAUCGCGCCAACGGCCGAAGCCUCGCGAGUCGUCCCUGUUCUGCAACUUGCACUGUGCAGUCAGACACCGACGAGAGGCGUCGACAGCUCAGUGCUUCUGCAGAUUCUGCUAGACGUGGCGACAGAGCUGUUCCCUCCUCAAGUGGCUGCGGACCUGCUAUGGGCCUACACGGAGGCAAGCGCGCCCGCGAUUCGGGAUUUCUGUGCCGAGAAGCUCUGCCUCCAUCUGGCCCCUCGUAGCGGUACCGGCGCAGGGCCUGACCAGCAGCCUGGCCAGGACAACGUCGGUGGGAACCCCGACGUUCGCCCGCUGUUUGACGAAGAACAGGCAAAUCUGUACACCGAGGAUAUUCUUCUUGGCCAAGCAGCUGCGAGGAACUUGCUCAGGCUUCUUGGCUCGCCCAGUGCGCUCGCGCACUGCUGCGACAGUGGCACGGUCAGAGGUUGCGAAGAGAACUCUGCAGUUACGUUCGGGCUCUCCCGCAGCGCGUGCGAAGCAGCCGGAGGAAAGGGAAGCGUGCUGUUCUUGCUGAGAUGUCUCGCCAGGCGUGCCUCAGCUACGGAGACAGCAGGUCCUGCUGAGGGUGACCGUACACAGCGCAACGGGGAGAGCAUCUCACGCCGCGUUGUGGAGCAAGCGUCCGGUAGCAGCUUCGGUGAUGCGGACACUAGAUUAAGAGAUGCCAUGUUCCUGUGGGACAAGGUGACGAAAGUUUCCGGGGAGGUGGAAGACGUCUGCAUUUGCCUCGAGGAGGUGACCGUGGAGAGGCUUGUUUGGGGCGAUGCAGCUGUCACGCUGGGAACUGGCGAGGCGAGGAGGCCCCACCGCGCUGCGCAAGAUCAACACGUUGAAGACGCUAUGCAAACGACAUACGAUGCCAAACAUGAAGCAACGACUCGAGUGCUUCACGCCUCACGGACUUCUCUGGUCGGUGAAAACGAAUUCGGUUCUCCUUCUCUCGGCAACCCCCACUUUACUCAACAUGCCCUGUUCCAGCCAGUGUAUGGCGCUCUCCUGAAGGCAAGCAUCCUGUUACUCCUUUUGUCUGACUCGUCCCUCAAGGGCAUCUCGCCUGCCGCGCAGCCCGCCAGUGCACACGAAUCGCGUUUGCGAGACCUGCGGAACCUCUGCGAGUGGAUCAGGUGUCUCCAUGAGAAACUGGAGCAAACAGUCAAGGGGGGAAGCGCGGCCCACUGGGUUUUGCUGUCGAUCACUCGACAUCUUCUCGCUGCCGUAGGUGCAGGCCAGUGGGGACUGCCACGCCAAUCCGCCGGCUAUCAUGCAAAGCCGGCUGGACCCGGGGACGAGGGAGAUUCGGACGGCCAAAGAAGGAUUGCUGAAGACAAAGAGUCAGCUCAGAUACCCGUCUCCGACGCUGCUGAAGCUGCGCUGGAUGAAGCUAUCGAUCCUCAGGCCAGGGAGGCGACCGCACGUCUAGUAAAUGCGGUUUUGUUUAUCCUGCCUGGUGGAGCGUACGGAGGGAGAUAA